CGGCGGUCCCGGCGGGCCAUGGGGGAGCCGCCGGCCGCGCUGCCGCCGCGGGAGCCGCCGGAGCCCGGCAGUGCCUAGCGCAGGCUGCGGGCUUUCUGCAAGUCAUUGGGGCCGGCGGACGCGCCCCCGCUGCCCUCCCGCUCCCCCAGCCCAGCUCAUCCACUCGGAAUUUAUUUAUUUAUUUGUUUGUUUAUUUAUUUAUAUUCCUCCGCCGUGCUGUAUGUACUGAUUUCCUCGUCACCCGCCACGGUUAACUUCCUAGUGACUCAGUUUAACACUUGAGACCUCCGUGGAUGCUGCUAAGAGCACUUCUCUUGCCUUUGCUGUCCCUUGCUGGGAUCGGAUUGACACUACCCGGACCCUGUGUGCCUGUAUGUGUGUUCUGAGUGUCUUGACAGUUUGGUUUUCUUUACAAGAGCUAUGCAUUAAUUGUAACCAAGAGACCUGCGAAUGACUUGGCUUGACCUUGAUUUUGAUGGCUUUGUUGGAAGAUCUAAUGAUGUGAUUGCAUUUCAUGAGGUGGUUUCUCUCCAGCCUCUGUGGCUCAGUGUAUAAACCACUUCUGCCACACUGUCACUCAUGGACAAUUCAGAUUUUUUUUUAAACAAACCUUUUGGCUAUUUUUAUUUUCUCACUGCUCCUUUCCCCCUUGUUUCCCCUUAAUGUUGGGAGCCUUAUUCUACCCUCUGAUGUGAUUGAUAGUCCUGCUGCUCCGUGCUGCUGAUUUCCAGUUUAAACUACAAUGGCUCUAAGUGGCAACUGCAGGACUUACCUUCCUCCUCGGGAGCAGGGGACGGGGCUGCACUCCUUCCCUGAGGUGGUGGAGCUCAACGUGGGUGGCCAGGUUUACUUCACUCGCCACUCCACCUUGGUUGGCACCCCUCACUCCCUGCUCUGGAAAAUGUUCACCCCAAAGAGAGACACAGCCAACGAUCUGGCCAAGGACUCCAAGGGAAGAUUCUUCAUCGACAGAGAUGGUUUCCUUUUCCGCUAUAUUCUGGACUAUCUCAGGGACAAGCAAGUGGUUCUGCCUGACCACUUCCCAGAGAAGGGAAGGCUCAAGAGGGAGGCUGAGUACUUCCAGCUCCCGGACUUGGUCAAGCUCCUGACUCCCGACGACAACAAGCAAAGCCCUGAUGAUUAUUGCCACAGUGACUACGAAGAGGCGUCCCAAGGCAGUGACACGAGAAUAUGCCCCCCAUCGCUCCUACCGCCGGAUCGCAAGUGGGGAUUCAUCACCAUCGGCUACCGUGGCUCGUGUACUAUUGGCAGGGAGAGCCAAGCAGAUGCCAAAUUCAGGAGGGUCCCAAGGAUUUUGGUUUGUGGAAGGAUUUCUUUGGUCAAAGAGGUUUUUGGAGAAAGUUUGAAUGAAAGCAGAGACCCGGACAGGGCUCCAGAAAGGUACACCUCCAGGUUUUAUCUCAAGUUCAAGCACCUGGAGAGGGCUUUUGACAUGUUGUCCGAGUGUGGAUUCCACAUGGUGGCCUGUAACUCCUCGGUGACGGCUUCCUUCGUCAACCAGUACACAGACGACAAAGUCUGGUCCAGCUACACCGAAUACGUCUUCUACCGUGAGCCCUCCCGCUGGUCCUCAUCCCACUGCGACUGCUGCUGCAAGAAUGGCAAAGGCGACAAGGAGGGUGAGAGCGGCACGUCCUGCAACGAGCUGUCCACGUCAAGCUGCGACAGCCAGUCCGAGGCCAGCUCCCCCCAGGAGACCGUGAUCUGUGGCCCUGUCACACGCCAGCCCAACAUUCAGACUCUGGACCGGCCGGCCAAGAAGGGGCCGGUGCAGCUGCUGCAGCAAUCCGAGAUCCGCAGGAAGAGCGACCUGCUCCGGACUCUCACCUCUGGCUCCCGGGAGUCCAACUCCAGCAAGAAAAAAGCAGUGAAGGAGAAGCUCUCCAUUGAGGAAGAGCUGGAAAAAUGUAUCCAGGAUUUCCUCAAAAUCAAAAUCCCAGACAGGUUUCCCGAGAGGAAACACCCCUGGCAAUCCGAACUGCUGCGGAAGUACCACCUUUAGGCUUUGGGUGGGGAGAGCACACGACCUUGUUAGGUUAGAGCCAGAUCCUAAGUGAUACAAAAGUAAUUCCCAGUAAUAACUAUUUGUUAGGUCACCAAAACCAAAAUCCAUCUCUAGUACUGCCUAAUUUGCCUAUUUCACCUUAACAUUUCUAGUCGUAGGGGAAUGAUAUUUUUGCAGUCCUGGAAGCACAAUGACAAACGCUUUUGUUUGUAAACUUGGAGUCUUACACAAGCUGAAAACCUUAAGGGCACAACCAGACCCACCCCAAGGGAUGCUCGUGUGGCCCCAGAGCAGGCAGGGUGGGAUGGUGAGGGCUCCAUGCCCUCUGCAUCCUGCUCAGAGCACGCGUGUCUGGAGGGAGGAGCACAGCACAAAGCCCAAGCUCUGUCCCGGCAGUUUAAGCAUGUGUAUUUAUAUAUGUGCAUAUAUAUAUGUGUGUAUAUAUAUCUCUGUGUAUAUAUAUAUGUAUAUAUAUAUUAAUAUAUAUUGCUUAAAGAUUUUCUGGCUCUCUCCUUAUAACUGCACUUUCUCAGAAAAGAGCAUUUUUUAGCAGUCUGUGGAUGUCCCGUUUCUUCUCCAGGCCUCUGAGGGCUGAACAGUAGAAAUCCCUCUCCCUGUCUCUCUCCUGCUCCCUCUGCCUGUCCUUCCCCCCUCCCUGGGGCACUGUGAAUGUGUCUCAGUGGAGACCAGGGUGCAGUCUGUGGGUUUGUGUUACCAUCAGCAAAAUAUUCCGUUUGUUUGGGAUGCUCUCGUCCCUCCAUGUCCUCCCCACACCUCUUGUAUUUUUCAAGGCUCUCUGGUGCCAGUGGGUUAAAGGUGUGCUGAUCCCAGCUGGAAAGCCUCAGGGAUGGUCCAGGGCUGUGUGGGGAUGCUGGGGAGGAUGCUGGCUCCUGCAGGUGCCAGGUGUGUGUGCCAGGAGCGGCUGUCCCAGCUGGCAGGGACAGCUGGCACCGUGCCCCCUCCGCCACAGAAAUCACCCCCAACCCUCCAGGGGACUCUGGCCGUGGGGAGCCGCCGCUGCAGGAGGGAGCGGGGCUGUGCCAAGAGAAAACACAACCCCGGAGGAGGUACCCGCGUACCCUCCCGCAGGUGCCAUCGGUGCCAGCGCCAGGGUGGCACAGACAGCAAAGCGCGCCCUGUGUCCCGUGCCACCCCCGGAGCCGUGGGAAGGGCUGGGCUGGUCCUGCACUGCCCCCGGAGCCAGGGGAAGGGCAGCAGGGGCUGGCCAGAGAGGGGCCGGGGCUCGGCAGAGGCGUGGGGCAGCCAGAGCUGGGGCAGGGCAGUGCCAGCGGCUCCGGCUGCUGGGGCUGGCCAGCCAUGGAGAGGCGUGGAACACUCCAUUGCUCCAGCUGUGGUGGCCAUGGCUGGGAACAAACCAGCUAGAGGAUUUGGGAUAAAUUAUUCGUUUUCUAAAGGCACAGGAAGGAGAUUUAUAUAUAUAUAUAUAUGAAUAUAAAACUGUGGGCAGUGACAGUGCUGGUAACACAGAAUGCUUGGAUUCUGACUUAUUUAGUGUCCUGCAGGUUCCAGGGCUUCCCCCUCCCGAAUUCCAGAAGCUGCUGUGGGAGAUGCUGUCCUGCCUGCACAGGUUCUUUCUGUGACACUCGUGCGGUUCCAGCCAGGGGAAUCUUGGUGCCUGCGGGGCUCCACUGUGCCGGGCUGGGACAGAGGGGGUUGGCAGGGAACCGUGAGGUCUCCACGAGCACACAGCUGUGUUUGGGGUUGCGUGCACCUUUUACCAGCUAAAAAAGGAAGCAAUACUUGUCCAGAGGGAUCCAUAAGCAGGAGCUGGCUGUGGGGAGGGGGAACCCUCCCGGCAAUACAUCUCCGGGUGGCUGGGGAGCAGGGCUGGGCUGUGCAGCUGGGGUCACCUCUGCCAUGCUGCAGGGGGAGGAGGGGCUGUCCCUUACGGAGCUGUCCCCUCUGUGCCGGUGCCACAGAGCUGGCGCUGGGCAGGAGAGGCUCUGCCUGGGAAAUGCUCAGUGAAGAGACUCAGCACUUCCUGGGAUUGUGCUUUAGAGCCAGUUCAGGGCUUAGGACAUUCCCUCACGCUGGAAUUCAGGCCCGGCUCUUGUGCCACCCUCUACUCACAGGCUCAAAAAGCACAUCUUCCCACGGAAACCAAUGUUUUGUACAAGCCCCACAGAUGAGGCCCUGCUUAGUCAUUUCAUGGUUAGAUUAUAGCAUUUUUCUCUCCCUACUCAACAUUUCCUGCAUCUUGCUCCUCUGGCUCUGGCACCAAGAAAGGACAGAUAGGGCUCUCCUCUGGAUUUCCAGCAGGGCAUGGGGUUCAGGACAGGUCACCUUUGUUCCUUGGCAGGAAACUGCAGCUAAAACCUCAUGCUUUCACUACAGAUCUUUCCCUGUCUCUUUUUAAUAUCCCAACUCUUUGGGGUCUAAGCUGCGUGUGCCAGAGUGGACGAGCAGGCAUUGGGGGGGGGGGGGGGGGGUGUGUUCCCAGGCUGACGUCCCGGGGCUCGGGAUUGCUCCAUGAUUAAUAACUGUGGACAAAUUAGACCAAAUGAAAUGCGCCCAAGUGGGCUUGAUUUAUGUGGCCUUCAUGUCUCCAGUUUGAGAUGAAAUGGUUAUUUUUCUCCAGUGCUACAGAAAUAACGGUCUUAAACUGCAGUAAUCACAGGCAGGCCCAGCCUGCUGGGAAACCCAGUCUGGGCUGGGGCCGGAGCAGGGCAGUGCCAGGCGUGGGGCUUGUGGCUGUGUGUGCUUGUGUGGGUUCUGCUGCAUCUCUGAGGGACCUGCUGCUGGUCUGACUCCAUGGACAGCUGUUUUAUGAGUAGCUUGUGCAGAGCUGGGGCUGUGCCAGCAGGUUUUGUCCUGCUCAGAGGGACUGGGGGGCUGUAGGUGGAGCACAGGGGCCCCGAGCGGUGCUGGAGGCUGUCACACCCCUGGUGGGGUCAGCAGCUCUGCCCAGCAUCCUCCCCCUGCUUCCCAGAGCUCCCCUUCUCUCCCUCCUCACUUGCUGCUCUCUGCAUCACCAGUGCCCCCCAGCACCCUCUCCACCUUUGGGGCACUCCCUGGGACGCUGGGAGAGGGGAUGGGGGCACCUGGCAGUGGUGCAGAGAAACCCUGGGCAGGCUGAGACAGAGCAGGGGAAUUAAAAAUGCUGUUCCAUGAUGGCUCCAUAGUUCAGCUGUGGGUGGCAGUGGGUCAGGAAAGAGCAACCAAACCUUCUUCAGGCACCAGGAUGGUGGCAGGAGGGUGACCUCACACAUUAACCCUGGGAGAUCCCUUCCCAGCGGUAAUGCCCUGCACACACAGAUGCACAGCUGCACACACAUCCCUGCCGUGGGUGGGACAGACUCACAGCCUGGGGUGCCUUUCUGGCAAGGCUGUUUUCCCUCUGGGACGUGGCACCUCUCCCUGCUCCCGGGGCAGGCCAUCUCUGCCGUGGGUGGGUGCUGGAGUGGUGCCUUGGGGCCAGGGCCACCUCAGCACGAGGAGGGGAACGUGGCCCGUGCUCGGCACACCCGGCCCCUUCCUCCUUCUGGGGCUUUCCCUGGGGCUGUGCAGGGAAACUGAGCUGGGAGGGAGGAAGGGAGACAGAGGCAGCACAGGGCAGAAAGGAAACUGGAAUGAAAGAUUGAUUACCUGAAAGAGAGCUGGGUUUGGGCUACAAAACAUAUUCUACUCAAAUUCGACUUUAUUUCAGUGAGAGAACCUGUGUGUCUCCCUAGGAAAGGUUUUGUAGCGAGCCAAAAUUAAACUCAGCUCACAGAGUACUUUAUUCUUUCUAAAAUAUCUGGGGAGAAAACUGGAUUUUGAGCUACUUUCCACAAGUGACAAAGACCAAGUUCUGUUGAAACUAAUUUGUAAACUUACCUUGACUGCAGUGGGACUGAGACUCGGCUCCCACCGGCAGAAUUCCCGGUUUCCAGGGGCUUUGUCACCCCAAACCCCCUGAGACACCUGAGCGGGACUCAGCAUUGGGAGGACACACAGAGAACGUGGGGAGCAGCUGAUUUGGCUUUCUCCCUAAACCAUCUGCACACACAGCACCCAGGCCUCACAGUGCUCUGGAGAAUGUUUUGUGUUUAAGUUUGCUGAGUCCAUUUGUUAAUUUUAUUUGCGAGCUGUGGGCUGAAGGACAGGACAAGGUUGGGUUUCACUGGCAAUGGCCAUCAGGUACCCGAGGCCGUCAGCCGUGUCCCGCUCUGCUCUCCCAGCCCUGGCAAGGCAGGAGGAAACUUCCCAGCCCCUUCCCCUCCCCACGCCCUCCCCACCACUGCGAGUACAGACUUGGCUUUCAGAGUACUUUAUGCAUAAGGCCCCAUGUGUAUCAUGGUACAAAAUAAUUGUCCAGUCUUAUGGAUAGUUUAUGCCCCAACGGGGUUUUGUAGAUUAAUAGUAAAAGAACAAAAAAAAAAAGAAAAAGCACUUUUAAAUUAUUUAUAUUAUAAAAAGACAUUCUUUAUUUUUCUUGGCAUUGAUGUCACUUAGCUAAAAAGUCCGUUUAUAAAUAGGAUAUUGCAGAUUUUAAACUAUAGCAAUGCUAAGCAAACACGAUUUCAGAAUUCCACAGAGAAAAUUACCGAGGUGAAGCAGGAGGGUGGCAGGGCCCAGCUGGCUCCACGGGUGGGCGUUGGAGUUGAGGGAGAUGAUGUCCCUUUGUGGUCCCCUCUGGCCGUCCCCAGCCGGGGAUGGCAGGACUGGACCCCCCAGGCCUUUGGGGUUGUACAGAGGUGCUGCCAGUGCAAUAUUUCCCAGCCCAUACGGGAUGCAGAGGGGGUUUGGUGCCAUUGGGAUCUCUUGGGGCCUUGCUUACGUUACAUUUUCGGACCUCAUUCAGUACUAAAUGACUUCGCCGAGGCUGAGUCAGUCUGUUGCACAUUGAUGUAGAUUAAGUGGCACCCACUGAAUUACCUCUCGACUUUCCAACGUGGUUCACUUGUACAUAAGUGUAAUGUCAAACUGUUUACAGGUUCUUUUGUGCGUAAUUGUGGAAAAAAAAAAAAAAAGUUUUAACUACAAAUUUAAAGGAAUCGAUUUUACUGGAAGGUGUUUAAAAAAAUGAAUGCGCUUAAUACAGUAUAGACAUCCUUGCUAAUGGUCUCACCUGAAUGCAUGUAUCCGUGUUGUCAGUCCCACCAGUGAGGUUAUUGGCAAUAUUCUGCAGUCUGUGAAUAGCAAAUAUGCAUAAACUACUGUGACUCUGACAAAUAUAACUCGGUAACUGUUUCUACUGUGGUAUGUGAAAAAAAUCCUGUAGCUUUUAGCCUGCUGUAUUUCCCUGGGGCAAAGAGCACCAGGAAAGAGAGAGAUCUUGGGAAAAUGAAGUCACAGCUGUGACUUGAGCGGGGUUGUUUGUGCGAUGGCCCCGCCGGGUGGCUGUGGUACAAGCGCUAAAAAUGCCAUUUGCAGAGGCUGGCAGGUGGGAAGGGAAAGGAAGGGAAGGGGCUGCAGCUGCCUCCUGCCCUGGCAUCGCUGCUGGAGCAGAGCUGGCUGCGGGCUGGGGCUGGGGAAGGCAGAGCCUCGGGGCAGGGCCGUGGGACCCUGCGUGGGGGGAGCUCAGUGGCGCUCCGGGAGCGUUGGGCGCUCACAGCUGCAGCCAGUUUGUGUUUGCCAUUCCAGUGCAGCAGUGAAUGCACGCUGGGAGAGCACUGACCACAAUAAAUGAGUCGGUAUCCUUCAGCUGUCACACGCAGAAAUGCAUCCAUGGAUACAUCCAGGCUUUCUUGCACACGGGGAUUUAGCAUUGGCUCAUGUAACCACUUCCCUCCCUGCUGGCUGGGCGUUAUUCUCCCUGGAAAGUGGUGGGGUUUUCCCCAAUUUAUUUCUGGGUUUGUUAUUAUUUUUAAUUUGUGGUACUUGGCUGUGGUUGAGAGGAAGCCCUUUCCAAUGGCCCCUCCCUGGCAGAAGGUGAAAGAUGCAUCUCUGCAGCAUUUGCCCCACAUAGGGCUCCCUCACAGCCAGGAUUUGGAUGUUGCAGGGCCUGCACAAGUGGAAGGCCGAGGUUUGGGAGCUGUGCCUCCUCAGUGGUGAGGGGGACACUCACUGAGCUCCCCUGUGGCACCAGCCCAGCGCUGGCAGUGCCACGAGCCAGGUGAUGCCAGGAUUCCCAUCCUGGGAAUCUCAGGGACACUGGGCAGCACCUGCAGAGGGGCCCCAUGUGCCUGAAGGGCCCUCCCAGCUCUGGGACGAGCUUCUCCACAUUAACUGCCCCUCGUCAGGAGCCCAGGGGCUGGGGGACAGCACAGGGUGAGCUGAGGAGACCCUUCUGCUGCUGCUUCUGGGCAAACCUGGGGCCUGUAGCCCUGCUCCCUCUGGCUGGGCUGGGUCUCAGGCUCCAUCUCUCCACCCAGCCAGGUUCCACGGGAGGAGAAUGCGCGGGGGCUGCUGUGGUCCCUGGUGCGGUGACAGCUCUUCUCCCUGCCAGGACACCCCUCAGUCCUGAGCAGGGCCUCGCCUCUGUGGCUGCCCACUCGCGGUCCAGAGCAGGAAGCUGAAUUUGGUUAUGCCGAGCACUUCUGAGCACUGUCUUGUCUGCUUUUCAUGUCAGGGCAGAUGUGAAAGAGCAGUGGGUGUUGGGGUAGAACACCUGCACAAUAAUUACUGAGGAUGUAAUUACCUCCCCUACGCAGCACUGGGUGAUGUGCAUGGGAAGUAGGAGAGAUUCCCUUUGAUACCAGGUGAUACCAGAAAAUGAUUUUAAUCUGCCUUACAACUAUAUAAUUAAGAGAGCUUAUAUAUAGAAAUAUAUAUAUAUAUAUAUCCCCAUAUGUGUAUUUCUUGUCCCUGCUGGAGCUGCAGCGGUCCCGGCUGGGAGCAGGGGGUGGCACCCGGGCUGGGCUGGGCCUGCUCCCUGCCAGCCGCUGCCGCAGGGGUGAGCAGGCUGGGAAGAACCGGCUCAAAGCUUGUCCAAAGCCUUUUCAGAGGAGAAGCCCCCCCUCCCCAGGGGUAGCCCCUGCCCCCCCAAAAUGCUGAGCUGUCCCAGCACCUGCUCCUGGGACGAGGCGUGGCCGGGAAGGCUGUGGUCAGUCCGUGUCACCCCUUCUGCUCCCUGAGCAGGCAGGUGGGGGGUCACCCUGCAGCUCGUCAUGGGCUUGCCAGGAUGGGACUGAAUUAUCCCCAUGCCCAAAGCCGGGCACAGGAGGGGCUCGGCCGCUCCCCCCGGGGUGCCCAGGGCAGAAGGUCCCUCCCCUGCCAGGCAGGACGGGGUGGGAGGGCAGGGCCGGCAUCCCCCAGCCUGUCCCGCUGUCCUGAGGCAGGGCAAGGAGCAAACCUGCUGCAGGAGAGGGGACAAGGAGACAAGGGGACAAGGGGACAAGGGGACAAGGGGACAAGGGGACAAGGGCACGGGCUCAGGGGAGGGCACAGGAGUCACUGCUCGCUCCGCGGUUCUCUCCCGGCGCUGCUGCCGGGAGCCGGAGCUGCCCGGCCCCGCUCCUGUGCCCCGGGGCCCGGAGGGAGAGCUCUGUAAAUACAGCAGGUUAAAAACUGGCACAGUAUCAGCAGGUCUGUAUUUAAUGCAGAUGUUUCCCAUGUUUUGUAGUAUUGUUUUAUUGAUAAAUAAAAAUCAACCAAAGACAAAAAA